CUCGGUCCAGCGCUGUACAGUCUUCCCGUGCCGGCAUCUUUAGUGUCUACAGUCUCUGGUCAUCCCCUGUACUGUCUGCAGUCUCUUGGUCAUCCCCUGUACUGUCUGCAGUCUCUUGGUCAUCCCCUGUACUGUCUGCAGUCUCUUGGUCAUCCCCUGUUCUGUCUGCAGUCUCUUGGUCAUCCCCUGUACUGUCUGCAGUCUCUUGGUCAUCCCCUGUUCUGUCUGCAGUCUCUUGGUCAUCCCCUGUUCUGUCUGCAGUUUCUUGGUCAUCCCCUGUACUGUCUGCAGUCUCUUGGUCAUCCCUGUACUGUCUGCAGUCUCUUGGUCAUCCCCUGUACUGUCUGCAGUCUCUGGUCAUCCCCUGUACUGUCUGCAAUCUCUAGUCAUCUGUACUGUGUCCGAAAUCUCUGGUCAUCCCCUGUACUGUCUUCAGUCUCUGGUCAUCCCCUUAACUGUCUUCAGUCUCUGGUCAUCCCCUGUAAUAUGUCCGCAGUCUCUGGUCAUCUGUACUGUGUCCGCAGCCUCUGGUAAUCCCCUG